AGAGCGGAGUGGCCGGGAACCGGAAGUGCGGGGUCGGGUGCUGCCGCCCUCUCGGAGGCCUCGGAUAAGAAUGGCCCUGGAAGAGAAGAACAAACGGAAGAAAAAGCGGAGUGCGCGGGAGGGAGAGAACCCGGAGGACGGCGCUUGUGGGAAUCUGGCGGGAGACUAUGAGGUUGGACAAGUUGCCAGUAGUUUAUUCCACGGCAAGCGGCCCUCCAGAGGCAGCACGGGUCGCCUGGCUUCCCUCUUCGGCUCUUUGGAGCCUCAGCUUCAACCCGUGUAUGUGCCUGUGUCUGAAGAAACCACCCAAAAAAGGAAACGGGAUGAGGAGGAAGAAAGUUCAUCCCAAAUCCAGAGACCGCUUUUGCAAGAACCUGCCAAAAAAAUGAAACUGAAGAAGAAACUUUCUGAUGCAGACCGAAGGUUGGCAAACAGAGAAAAUGCUUUAGCAAGUGCUGAUUUAGAAGAAGAAAUUCACCAGAAACAAGGGAAGAAAAGGAAAAAUUCUCAAUCUGGUGUUAAAAUUGCCAAUAAAGAAGUACUUGAUGAUGUAGAUCAGACAGUUGUAAAUCAAAGAAGGAAAAUUCAAACCAACCUAGAAGAGAGAUUAAAGAAUGAGAGAACUGUGUUUGUUGGGAAUUUGCCUGUCACCUGUAAUAAGAAGAAGCUGAAGUCAUUUUUUAAAGAGUACGGACAGAUAGAAUCUGUACGAUUUCGUUCUCUGAUUCCAGCAGAGGGAAUUUUGUCCAAAAAGUUGGCAGCAAUAAAACGUAAAAUUCAUCCUCAUCAGAAAAAUAUUAACGCUUACGUUGUGUUUAAGGACGAGAGUGCUGCUACAAAAGCACUGGAAAGAAAUGGGGCCCAAAUUGCAGAUGGAUUUCGUGUUAGAGUGGAUCUUGCAUCUGAGACCUCAUCUAGGGACAAGAGAUCUGUAUUUGUGGGGAAUCUCCCAUACAAAGCUGAAGAAUCUGCGGUUGAGAAACACUUUCUGGACUGUGGGAACACUGUGGCUGUAAGGGUCGUGCGGGAUCAAGUUACAGGAGCCAGCCGAGGCUUUGGCUACGUGCUUUUUGAGAACACAGAUGCUGUUCAUCUUGCUCUGAAAUUAAAUAACUCUGAACUGAUGGGACGAAAACUCAGAGUCAUGCGUUCUGUCCGUAAAGAAAAAUUAAAACAAAAUUCAAAUCCUAGUUUGAAGAAUGUCAGUAAACCUAAGCAGGGACUUAAUUUUUCUUCAAAAAAUGCACAACAUUCUAAAAGUUUGUUUAUCGGAGAAAAAGCUGUUCUCAUGAAGAAGAAGAAGAAAGGACAGAAGAAAAGUGUACAAACUAAGAAACAGAAAAAACAGAAGUAGCUAUCCGAAGACUUCUGUUUUCCCCACUGACUCCUGGUAAUAAAAUUGUGGUAAAUC